AUGAAGGCCUCUUUGAUCAUGGUUGGGCUAGCCACGGCCCCGGGACGGAAGAUCGAUUAUCAAUGGGAAUUCCAAGUCCCUGCGGAGGACUUCCCCGACUUCGGUUCCAAUGACGAGACCCCUUUCGAUGCACAAGCUCCCUUUGAACACGGUUGGUCCAAUACCACUUCCCAGAAUGUUGACGCUGGUACCUAUUUCAAUCGCAGUGACAACCCGAAAGCAGGUGCCUACACAACCGACAAAUCCAAAGGGACUUUGUACUUCAUGCGUGCAACUGAGGAUUUACCUGCACCCGUGAUUUGUGUCUAG